AUAACACACAUUAAAAAGAGUCCAAAAUCUCAAAAUUUUCUCUCUCACUUUUUUCCUUUUUUGAUUUUACAUAAAAAAAGAAGUUUGUUUUGUUACUUGAUAGAGUUUUAGAGCAGAACAACAAUGGCAGAAACAGCAAAAUAUGCAGCUAUUAAUGGUGGAACUCUGUUUACAGAUAUGAAAACUCAGUUGUCUCUUCCCAAAACUAAAAGAACUGUGGCUUGUGCAUAUGGGUUUGUGUUUAUUUUCAUUGUUGUUACUACUUUCUUGGCUUUUAGUCCUUCACCAAACUCUUCUUCACCGUGGUUUACUAACAUUUUUUCUUUAAGUAAAGAAGAUGUUGGUACUUCUUAUAGAUCUCAGUUUUCUUCUGUUUUCUCUAAUCUUUUUCCAAGAAGUUCAAAAAACAAUUUUGAGCAACCCCAUUUGGAUAAAAAGGGACUAAUUGUUGAAAAGAGUGAAAAUUAUACUCAGAAUGAUGAUAAAGGUGGAGUCUUGGAAAACCCCUUUAAUUCUUCUUCUGUGUUGAGUGAUAAAGAAUCAUCAGUUGUGAAGAAUGAGACUUUAAGUGAAGUUUUUGAUGAUAAAGUUGGAAUCUUGAUGGGAAAUCAGACUUUUGAUGAUAAAGUUGGAAUCUUGAUGGGAAAUCAGACUUUUGAUGAUAAAGUUGGAAUCUUGAUGGGAAAUCAGACUUUUGAUGAUAAAGUUGGAAUCUUGAUGGCAAAUCAGAGCUCAAUUGAGAGUUAUAAGUCUGCUGCUGCUGUGAAUCAGACUGAAAGUAGAGAUUUUGAUGAUAAAGUUGGAAUCUUUAAGGCAAAUCAGAGCUCAAUUGAGAGUUAUAAGUCUGCUGCUGCUGUGAAUCAGACUGAAAGUAGAGAUUUUGAUGAUAAAGUUGGAAUCUUUAAGGCAAAUCAGAGCUCAAUUGAGAGUUAUAAGUCUGCUGCUGCUGUGAAUCAGACUGAAAGUAGAGAUUUUGAUGAUAAAGUUGGAAUCUUUAAGGCAAAUCAGAGCUCAAUUGAGAGUUAUAAGUCUGCUGCUGCUGUGAAUCAGACUGAAAGUAGAGAUUUUGAUGAUAAAGUUGGAAUCUUUAAGGCAAAUCAGAGCACAAUUGAGAAAAAAUCAGCACCAAAGUUGUCUUCUAAGGGAAAAAGUGCAAAUGUGGAAAAGAAAAGAGAUGUUGAUUUGGUUAAGUCUUUGUUGAAUUGUGAUUUCUUUGAUGGGAAUUGGGUGAAAGAUGAAUCUUACCCUUUGUAUAAACCUGGUUCUUGUUCACUUAUUGAUGAGCAAUUCAAUUGUUUUCUCAAUGAUAGGCCUGACAGUGGUUACUUGAAGAUGAAAUGGAAACCCAAUGCAUGUAGUCUUCCUAGAUUGAAUGCUACUCAUAUGCUGGAAUUGUUAAGAGGAAAGCGUCUAGUUUUCGUUGGCGAUUCUUUGAAUAGGAAUAUGUGGGAAUCCCUUAUUUGUAUACUUAAAAACUCUGUAAAAAAUCAGAAAAAGGUUUAUGAAGAAUCUGGAAGACACCAUUUCAGGACAGAAGCUUUCUAUUCGUUUAUAUUCAAAGAGUAUAAAUGCAGAGUGGAGUUCUUUGUGUCUCCAUUCUUGGUUCAACAAUGGGAAGUUGCAGAUAAAAAAGGAGGUAAGAAAGAAACGCUUCGACUUGAUUUGAUCGGAGAGUCUGCUGAUAAGUAUAAAAACGCGGAUAUCUUAGUCUUCAACACCGGUCACUGGUGGACUCACGAAAAGACUUCGUUAGGGAAGGACUAUUAUCAAGAAGGAAAUCAUGUCCACAACGAACUAAACGUUCUUGAGGCCUUUCGGAGAGCAUUAACAACAUGGGGUAGAUGGAUCGAUGCUCAUAUCAAUCCCAAGAAGACGUUCGUUCUCUUCAGAGGUUAUUCUGCUUCUCAUUUCAGUGGCGGGCAAUGGAAUUCUGGCGGGGCGUGUGACAGUGAAACAGAACCAAUAAAGAACGACACAUAUUUGACCCCGUAUCCAUCCAAGAUGAAGGUACUAGAAGACGUCUUCAAAGGGAUGAAAACUCAAGUCUCGUAUCUCAACAUCACAAGAAUGACGGACUAUAGAAAAGACGGUCAUCCAUCGAUAUAUAGGAAACCGAAUUUGACACUCAAAGAGAGGAGAUCACAAUGGAGGUAUCAAGAUUGUAGCCAUUGGUGCCUUCCCGGUGUACCCGAUGCUUGGAAUGAGCUCUUAUAUGCUGAACUUCUGGUAAGAUUACACCAAAAACAACAAGAGAAAAAGUCAUAGGUAUAAAACAAACACCAUGUUGCAUGGACUCUUCAAAAAUGUCGUUCAGGUGCUUGUCUAAUCCUCAAAAGUGGUGCUUUUUUUAAGGAUCUGACACGGGUACGGUGACAUUUUUGGAGUGUACGCGCAACAUAGGAUGUACAAAAUAUACAAGGUGUCCAUGUACAUUGAAAUAAUGAGUCAAGCCUAUACAAAAUAUGUGUUGGCUUUUCGUUGUUCUCGAAGUUACAUUUCUAUAUAGAGGAAAUAGAACAAAGAAAACUCCUCAAGAAAAUCCAAGAGUAAAUUAUUGUGGCCUAAGGCUCCGUACACAUCAACCUCUCCAGAUUCGAGACUCGAUUUUACUUGUGGAAUUACACUGGCAUAUUAUUGUUGUUGUAGUAAAUUAUAGUAUGUGAGAGAUUGAAUUUCCCUUGAAAAAAGGAAUUUUGUUGUUUAAUUAUAAUUCUCUCAUGCUAUAAAGUAUUUUUCAAGUCUCAAGGGCUUGAAAAGUGUAAAUUCUUCAAUAAUUUAUUUUAUUGGUUUUUUUGAA